CGGAUAAGAGUAUAAUUGGUAGAUAAUAGCACUGUGACCGAAAUGGCAACUUUAUUCUUUCGGAUCUUCUUAGUUUUGUGUUGGUAUGGUGGACUGUUCAAUAUGAUGGAGCAGAAUUUCAACUGUAAGGAUGUGCGCCACAUCGCGACACGAAUUAAUGAAAGAUAUUGUAUCACUACGUAUGGCUCACGAACGACUUGUUGCGAAUUGCACGAUAGCAUCUGCGGAUACUAAGAAAGUAUGUGUAAGAAUGUAUCAAUACCUAUCUACUCAAGCUAAAGCUUACAACGCGUUUUUGUUUAAUUCGAUAGCUUUAAAAAAUGUAUUGAACAAAAAAGCAUUCUGUGUUUGUGACGCAAUGAUGCAGCUUUGAGCUAGAUGUGGUCAAUGAGCGUGCGUGUAAGGAAGCAUACCGGCAUGAGCAUGUGAACGUCGCGGUCCUGAAAAAAAUGUACGCCGCUUGUUUCUGCAGCGUGAGUAUUUAAAAAGAAA